GGUUAUGUUGCAAACGAUGUAGAAACUGAAAAGAUAGUAGCAGACAUGAGCACAACAUCGUUUCAUCGAGCCGGAAAUCGUCUUUGGGAUAAUCCAAACUACACAUCUUACGUACAACAUCGUGGAUCUAUACCCUUGUUUUGGUCUCAGGAUGUGACAAACAUGACGCCAAAGCCUCCUAUAGCAAGUUUGUAUAUCAUCAUUAAUGCUAUUGAA